ACAAAGGUGUUAAUUACCAGUCACCAUAAAUAUGACAUUUUAACUGUUAUCAAGGUUCGAAAAUUCUUACUUUCAAACUUCGACACAUUGGGGUCAAUUAACACUAAUUUAACAUCGACAGGACUAUAAAAUGUACUCGACUUAAUAGAGUAUUUGAAUCAACCAAGUUCAACACAUCAGAGCAUAGGUCAUGGCAUCCAGUAAACCUAUACCAUGUGUGCCUUGUCACUAUGGAGAAGUAAACGCAAAAGCUGAGUUCUGGUGUUAUAACUGUGAAGAAGGAUUAUGCUUAACAUGCUCAGGUCACCAUAAAAGAUCUAUGCUAUCACAUCAUCAUAAGACCAUUGAUAUUAAAAGUUAUAAACCAUCAAACCAAACUAUCAAAACAGAAUGUGACAAACAUGGUCAACAGCUUAACUUGUACUGCCCCGGUCAUUUAAUGCCUUGUUGUGAAGAAUGUAUUCCUACUAGCCAUUCAAAAUGUUCUGGGAUAAAAAGAUUAGCUAGUGUAGUAGAGGAAACCAAAAUGGAAAAAUCAAAAGAAUCUUUAGAUAAAGAUAUAAACUCCAUCUUAGACAUCUUGAAUAAAAUUGAGACCAACAAAUCAGAAAAUAUCAAAAGAGGUGAACAACAGUGUGACAGCAUCAAGGGCAGGAUUAUAAAAUUCCGAAAGAAAAUAAAUGAACAUUUAGACAUACUAGAGAAGAAGUUAUGCCAAGAAACAGACACCAUCCUGAAUAAAGAAAAAUCAAAUGCAUCAGAUUUGAUUAAUGAAAUUGAAGCAAAGAGAGGAAAACUAGAUGGAAUGAAAGACUAUCUACAUACUGUCACAACAUAUAGUUCAAAACUGCAAUCAUUCCUAGGUGUACAUCAGAUUGAACAACAAGUACACCAAUGUCAACGAUAUGUUGAAGAUCUGCAUAAUGGUGACAGGGUUAAAAUGUUUGACAUUAAAAUGAAGCAAAAUGAUGAAAUAGAAAAGACCCUGAAAAAUUUAGAAUCACUGGAAUCCCUAGGAGAAGUAACUGUUGUUAAAACAGAUAUACCUAUGAAUAGAGAAACAAGUGUGAAGAGGGAAGCACAAGUACAAUCACGACAGCAAUCCAACAUAAACAACAUGACAAUGAAUAUUGAGACAAAGAUAGAUAUUAACAUGGAGAAGUUUAUUAGUGACAUGAUUUGUCUGAUGGAUGGUAGAGUUAUAGUAGUUAAACAGAAUGAUACUGCUAAUCUGCUUACUUCUGAUGGCAAACUACAGAAAGAGUUACCAAUAUCUGGUCGAGUCGUAAGUGUCACACAGAUCAACCAGAAUACUAUGGCCAUGACUUAUCCUUGUGAGGGGGCCAUUAAGAUCUUCAAUAUAGAGAAUGAAACAGUUACCAAAGUUAUCAAAUUAGACAAAGGAUGCUAUGGAAUAUCAUUCUCCAAUAAUUCCCUGGCUGUAGGUUUGGAGAAAGAUGAAAUUCGUAUCAUAGACCUUGAAGGAAAUACACUGAAGUCAAUACAAGUUGAGAGUAAAUCAUCCCUGUUUCACCUUGCUUACUGUAAUGACAGAGUAAUCUAUAGUGAUUAUAUGGGUAAAACAAUUUACUGUGUGAAUGGAUCAGGUAAACAGAUCUGGCAAUAUAAACAGGAUUUAUCAGAACCAAUGGGACUUUGUACAGAUACUUAUGGUAACAUUAUUGUAGCAGAUAAUGGAUCUCAAAGUAUAAAAGUAAUAUCAAAAGAUGGACAGGAGAGAAAAGAACUGAUCAAUAAAGAUGAACUUGAGCUUCCUCGGUGUAUUUGUUUUAGUAAACAUAAUGAGUCAUCAGGUUUUAUUUGUGAUUUCCCAGGCACAUACUUGGUAAAAUUCAAUUUAUCUUAUGAAUAAGAUAUACAUGUACGCUGAAGAAUAUUUUCCAUCAAAUGAUAAAAAGUGUACAAGUAAAGGUUUUUGGUGUGUGCUUAAAUAUAUUGUGAGAAGAAAUAUAGGCAGGAAGUAUAGGCAAGUUUUAAAUUGUAUUAAAAGUGUAUAGGCGUUCAAACAACUGAUCAGAACAUUUUGAUAAACUAUAGGUGGAUUAUGUUUACCAUUUUGUUUGAUUUGUAAUAAUUAUAGGUUUCAAAACGAGUUGGAAUGGGAUAUCGCUUGAUAUCAACUCGAGUUAUUUAAUUUCAAUAUAAUAAUAAACUAGCCUUCUGCAAGUUUAUCAUUACUUUUCAAAUUAAGUAUAUUGUUGAUAUCAAGCUAUAUCCAAUUUUCACAAGUUGUUAAACCUAUUUCUGUUAUGGUCAACACUCUCAAUGUGUUAAAUCAAAAAUUCCGUGAAAUGUUGGUCUGGUCUUUUGCACAUUCCAGUAUGACGUCGUAUGUCCUUUUCCGGUGUCAAACUUUAACAUCAGACAUUGUAAGAUUUUUUGAGUGCUUCAGAAUGUAAUAAAAUUUGACAAAAAGAAGAUUUUCAGGUGAAAUAUGUGAGUUAUUUUGUAUAUCAUUGAAGAAAUUACAUAUGUCCGUUGCCAUGGACAAAAUCACAGUCCGUGCAGUAUGCUAUGAGAAAUAUCUAUUCAUGCAAGAAUCUGAUGUUCAGUAGUUGUCAUUUGUUGAUGUGGUUCAUAAGUGUUUCUGGUUUCUCGUUUUUUUAUAUAGAUUAGAUGGUUGGUUUUCCCUUUUG